AUGACGGUGGAUUCGUGCAUCGCCUCGCUACGAAAAUUACAUUUUUACGCCACGUUGCUCUCGCUGGUGCAGCUGUGCGUGCAUCUACUAUUUGAUGGGAUUUGUUCGGCAGCGCUGUGGACCGCAUGGGCAAUACUUAUUGUAGCACACCACAGAUGCCGCUUCUACCGGCGCUAUGAUCUGCAGAUUUCGGAGGAUAAACCAGAGAACCUCCCAUCCGAAUUCGCGACGUCCUGUCUGUGCUUUUUGCGUCUACCAUUGCUCGCAUUACGGCCUGCUUCAACUCUAAAUUCCAUUUCCAUUGUGAUCUCAACCAUCGUGCUACUAUCAACCUUCAUCCAGGAGUUCGGCCAAUUGCUGUGCAAACGGAAAGCACGAUCUGCACCACGGGUUCUUCGAGCAGUACAACGAAUCGCCAUGGCCGGC